AUGCACUCCAGAGCACUCACUUCGCUGUCUCUACUAGUGGUAGCGGCGCUCGUGGGGAGCAGGGGCUCUACCACAGCGGAUGCUGCAGCAGCGACGACUGUGGCAUCAACAACCCCGACAUCGACGGCGGCACCGGCACGCGGCCUGACGAUAAGCAGGUGGCGUCUCACCCCAGGGAUCGCGGCCAACCAAUCGCCGACGGACGGGAAGGUGGAACCUCGGCUGGUGCAGACGGCCCCACUGCCGGAGGCCAGUCUCGGAGUGUCCGGGGUUAGCGACACACUGACGGGCACUAAGCUGGCCUUGGCCCAGAAGCUGCUGGAGCAUCCCCUCAUCGCCAAGAUCAUCCGGCCCCUCGUCGACUUCGUCAGCGGCACCAACAGUGGCGUCGACGGAACAGGAGGCGAGCUACUGAACCCCAGCUACUUCGGUAGCAGCUUCAGCUUCCCCUUUGCGUUCCGCACCAACUUCUUCAAGUCUGAAAACGGCACCGCGGAGGAGACUGACACCAAGGACGCGCACCAAGACACCGACGACAGCAAGGAAGGCGCCUCUGGUGACUCGGUGCCGGUGAGGGACGCGAAGGGAGUGCGCCCUGGCGGCGACGUUCAGCACUACCGGCUGGCAGUGGCGAAGCGCGCGCGACCCGGCGCCCCCAUGCCGGCGCAGUAACGCAACAAACACACCCAGCACACCCUAGUCUAGCCUCACACAGCAUCCAGUGGCGACCAACUCUGCAGUCUCCCUGUAACAAGUGUUCGCGGACUGCGAAUUGAACAACUGGUCUCUCUGUAGCAGCAGUGGGAUUCUUUGGCAAAAGACUGAGCCUCUCCUAUCACCUCGUUCAAGUACGGCGAGACUAGCGAAAUUUGAUUCGCAACUGACGCAAUGGAAUAACAUGUCAUUAAUUGGUGACGUUACUUAAAAUAGAAGCUGGUUCAAACGAGAUAGAGAGUAUCAACAUCACGUUCUGCUGUGUAGUAGUGAAUCACAAAAGUAGUGAGGCUAGGAAGAGCCACUCAUCUUGUAAGAAAUCGGGAUUGAGCCUUAAGGAACUGGAAGUGUAGUAGGUGGAGUUAUCAAGAGCUGAAAUAAAAUUCAUAAUAGAUGUUUUCAAGAACGCUUAUAUUAUAAAAGUUAAGUAAUGUUCCUUUUACAUCAAUUUUUGUUUGAUUCAGAAAAUAUUUGCAAGUAUGGAAAAAACAAUAUUUAGAGGGCAGAUAAAUCUGCUUUGACUUUAUAUUUUUACUUUACAUUCUUCGUAAUUAUGUUAUAUUAUUUAAAAAGUUGCUAUAUCAUUGUCAGUAGGUGGUGGUGAAACCACUGUGCAUCCAUCAUAGAACAAUAUCUGUGAAAAAAUCUUUGGUGAAACGUACAUCUUGUCCUUCCGAUCUAUUUUACAUCGUAAAUAGAAUGUAUCUCUUUGUCCAUGAAUCACUCUUACAAAAGAUGUUAGUUCCUCAUACGAUCAACCUCUAUCAAUAAAUGCAGAGAGAGAUUAAAAAAACAGCAAAAAUACCAAAUAUAGGAACCUAAACAAGGGUUUCAUAAACAAGACAAUGUCAUAUCGUAAAGGAGAAAGCAAAUGUAAUCGAUCACAAGGUCUCGUCACACAACUACAACGUCAAAAUUUUAUUGUAUAGAAUCCUUGGUAUGACGUGACGAGUCGUUGACGUCCACCACUAUUACUCUCCGUUCCGUACAGUGACGGCUGAAAUUUUCUGGUGUAAUAGUUUCGCAGUGUGACGUUUCGGUAAAGUGACUUUAAUAUUCAAAGUCGAUGCAACGACAAGAAGAAAGCUGUAAUUUAACUGCAUUAAUAUAUGGAGAACAACACAAAAGUCUAUUUGUAGUUGUGUAGUCGAAAAUAGUACUAAAGUCUUAUCUCUUCUACAUCCACAUCCACAUCCAUACUCUGCAAGCCACAUGACGGUGUGUGGCGGAGGGUACCUUGAGUAUCUCUAUCGGUUUUCCCUUCUAUUCCAGUCUCGUAUUGUUCGUGGAAGGAAAGAUUGUCGGUAAGCCUCUGUGUGGGCUCUAAUCUUUCUGAUUUUAUCCGCAUGGUCUCUUCGCGAGAUGAGAGAGCAAUAUACUGCUUGACUCUUCGGUGAAGGUAUGUUCGCGAAAGUUCAACAAAAGCCCGUACCGAGCUACUGAGCGCCUCUCUUGCAGAGUCUUCCACUCGAGUUUAUCUGUCAUCUCCCUAAGGCUUUCGCGAUUGCUAAAUGAUCCUGUAACGAAGCGCGCUGCUCUCCGCUGAAUCUUCUCUAUCUCUUCUAUCAACUCUAUCUGGUACGGAUCCCACAACGGUGAGCAUUAUUCAAGCAGUGAGCGAACAAGUGAACUGUAACAUACUUCCUUUGUUUUCGGAUUGCAUUCCUAAGGAUUCUACCAAUGAAUCUGUCUGGCAUCUGCUUUACCGACUAUUAAUUUUAUAUGGUCAUUCCAUUUGAAAUCACUCCUAAUACGUAUUCCCAGAUAAUUUAUGGAAUUAACUGCUUCCAGUUGCUGACCUGCUAUAUUGUAGCUAAAUGAUAAAGAAUCUUUCUUUCCAUCUUAGUAUAUGCUUUGAAGUCAUCGUACAUUUCACUGUGAAAUCAAGCGGUGACAAUAAAGUUUGAAGACAGAGGCAACAAGAAAAAUUAAGUCAUUAAGUCAGGAACAGCUUUGAAAUCAAGGGAGUUAAAUAACACUGGCAAAAGUAUGAACUUAUAUGAAGAGGGAAGAAAAUUGCACCCUUUUAUUUCGUUUCCAAAUACUAACAACUGGCCUACCCCUGACUUGCAGUCGUCAAGAUCUCUUAUCGAAGGAGGUGUACCAUAGUAUAAGACACAUUUCGAUAAGCGAGCUUGAAUACAGUGCAGCAUAGAAUGUCCCGGUGAUGCUACUCGCUACUGAAGACGCUUCUCGUUAAACAAAAUGAAAGGGCGACUAUAGGCUGAAGAAAGUAAUUUUGUGAUAGUGUUCGUCGCGGUUCAGACAUACAGUACGUCAGUAAUCUGUUUUCGAAAUAUCUUUAUGUCAGACUAGCUUUUAUUCUACUGAAAGCCAAUGUUCUGCUACGUCGCAUUUCAGGAAGAAAAAAUUAACAUUAUUUUCGCUACCAGUUGCGUAGAUUAUCUGUGGAGAUUAUAUAAAGCCAACGGACACAUUCAACCAGUGAGAAACAAGAUCUGACACCUUUGAGAUUCAAGCGAGAGUUUAAUUAAAAAAUACAGAUAAUAGAAUGUGAUCCCUUUUACUAGUUACAGGUUAUCAUGUAGUGACUAAGGUAAACACUGCUAAAUUUUGUAAAGAAGAAAUUUAUCUCACGAAACUGGACUAACUACAUCACUAGAGCAUAAUUGCGCUGUAUUAAAAUGCUUCCGCAACCACCCAAAAUAACGGCCUCUACCUAGGAGGCCCGUACCUGAAAACAGUCCGUCAGAAUAAAUAGAUACACACUCAACAAGAAUAUUCUAGACCUGAACAAACGUUAUAACCACUACGUUUAAAUCGCAAGAAGGAGAAAUAUUUCAUUCGGGCGUAGCGAAUAAAGUAAAAACUGCCGCAAAGGAGUCUGAAAGUUCGGUGAGAGACGGGCUUCAUAUUUCAGUCUCGCGAUGGCAAGCUACAUCCAUAAACAAAGAUCAAAGUUGAUAACUAGCUACGCCUACAAGCACCGAUCAGAAAUGAUGAUAAACUAUGACCAUAAACAACAAUCAGAGUUGAUGGCCUACCACGUCCAUAAAUAACGGUUAGAUUUUCAAGACAGCGUAGGGUGAACUCUGUCGAGAUGUUCUUCCUGUAUCACGAAAACACCAUUAGUUUACCACCACAGCCGAUACCGUAUUGAUCAUAAAGCAGCGCCGUAGUUAUGUAUAUAAUUUGUCCUUAACCAGUAUUGUUGAGACUUCGUUAACACUGCACAGAUAUUCAGGUGUUUUUCACGCGUUUUCUCUGUCAUAAUAUCUGUUUCCUUUGUCUCCGUGGUUUUUAGCUUUAGUACCAUAAAUUGUCAUGAUUUCAAUUUGUACUGUAAAAUUUCGUGUGGUUCUUAAUAAUAAGAGUGUAACAAUA